UUCAGAAAAACAAGCCUCAUCACCCUUCCACCAAGCUUCAGCUUUUGUAUGAUCCUAUCCUCCAAUACAUUCUUCCUUACUCUUUAAGUAUUCCCCUCCUCCCUCCUUCUCUUCCCUUGCCUUCGAUCUCUAAGUUCCCUCUCCAUCUCAAAGAAGAUAGAGAGAAGAAGUAGAACAAGCACCUCUUCAUCCACCAAAUAGUAUGACUGAGCCUGAGAUUAGCUCAAUUCUUCACCCUUCCAAGCUUCCAACUCCCAAACUGAAAACAUUGCCAAAAGCUCAAAAAGACUCGUCGAUAUCCUUGUCAAGUAUCCUCUACAAGCUCAUCUUCUUCAUUGUUUUAAUAGCUAUCCUCCCUGAGUUCCCCACCCAGGCGCCCGAAUUCAUCGGAGGAUCCAUCUUCACCAGAGUCUGGGAGCUUCUUCACCUCCUCUUCGUAGGGAUCGCUGUGUCCUAUGGCAUUUUCAGCCAGCGCAACGCAGAUCCAGAGAUGGAGAAGGAUUCACAGCCGAAAGAUGAGAGCCCCCGAUCUUUUGCUUCACAGAUGCUUCAAGUUUCACCAGUCUUCGACGAAGAUGGUGAUAGCGAUAUGAUCGACAGCAAGAUGCGAACUUGGAGCUCUCAGUUCUACAGAAAUGAAUCAGAAACUCUGGUUGCCAAAGAAGCCAGCAUCACCACUAAGCAUCUGGUGUUGCCCGUCCGGAGCAUAAAACAAAGCAGCCAGGAACCUAAACCCCAGUUAUCGGAGCCAAGAACGGAGUCCAUCGUCCUUCCCUCUCCAAUCCCCUGGAGAUCGCGCUUAGGAUCGACGGCGAAUAAGAUCGAACAGGUGGCCGGCAGCAAAUCUACCACUACCCUUCCACCACAUCGCCCAUCCUCCACUUCGCCUUCCCCAAAGCGGCUUUCUCCCUCACCGUCUCUUUCAUCGGACGCAGCGAAGCCAAAGAGCAUCUACAACAACAAAGCCAGUCCCCCACCAGCUCCGCCACCGCCACCGCCACCGCCACCGCCGCCUCCAUCCACCCUAGAAAGAAAGCGCAUAGCGAAAUCUUCCGAGGGCGAAUCGAAGGACUUGAGGCGGAAGAACUGGGGCAGCGUCAACGACACAGUUGCCGAUCUUACCUCACUCAAACCAAGUAACUCCUCGGAGGGUCCUUCGAUCGGGAGGUCAGUGAGAACAUUCAGGCCUAUGCAAUCGCAGAGCACCGCCAUGGAAGGGGCAGCAAGAACAAGCAACGAGCAGGUCGAAGACGAAGUUGCAGCGGCGCCUGGUGACGAGGAGGCAUCAAACUCUGGAUCAGGAGCGGAAGAGAACGAGGUAGACAAGAAGGCGGACGAAUUCAUAGCCAGAUUUAGAGAGCAGAUCAGGCUUCAGAGGAUCGAAUCGAUCAAGAGAUCCACCAAGCUGCGCAGUAGCAGGAAGCCGAACUAGUUCUUCCAAUUAACACGAUCGAUCAAAGCAAACAAAAUGCUUUGUUAAAAAUAAGUUUUUUCGAUGCCACUGUUGAUGGAAUGCUUAUUGAUAAACUAUUUCUUUGAAAAGAUAAAAAACCAACAAAUCGAAUA